GCGUGGCCGGUGGGUGUGGACUCUCCCAGCUGAAGGAGAAGUUGGAGAAGUUGGACUCUGUGAGGGGGCGGGGCUCCGGCUGCCUGGAGACUUGUGAUUGGUUGCUGUGAGUGUCAGUCCCGUUUCCCGGGCUAUGAUUGGCCGCCCGCUGUGUGAGGCGGUAUUACACCUGACGGGCGGACAGGGUGACCCGCGGGAGAUGGCGGACUCCGGGGAAUCGCUAACUCGCAGGAAGAGAGCUGCCCAGCGGGGGAACAGUGUGAGCGGGAGCCCCCGGGAGGGACCCGGAGAGGAGACCGCGCUCAGCGACCCCGGGAUACGGUGAGACACCAUAACCACUGACACCAUAACCACUGACAGCCACCAUAACCACUGACAGACAGCCACCAUAACCACUGACAGGGACCAUAACCACUGACAGGGACCAUAACCACUGACACCAUAACCACUGACACCAUAACCACUGACACCAUAACCACUGACACACACCAUAACCACUGACACCGCCACUGACACCAUAACCACUGACAGGGACCAUAACCACUGACACACACCAUAACCACUGACACCAUAACCACUGACACCAUAACCACUGACAGGGACCAUAACCACUGACACCAUAACCACUGACAGACAGCCACCAUAACCACUGACACCAUAACCACUGACACCAUAACCACUGACGGGACCAAACUGCCUGACACCAUAACCACUGACAGGGACCAUAACCACUGACAGGGACCAUAACCACUGACACACACCAUAACCACUGACAGGGACCAUAACCACUGACACCAUAACCACUGACAGCCACCGCCAUAACCACUGACACCAUAACCACUGACACCGCAUAACCACUGACACCAUAACCACUGACACCAUAACCACUGACAGGGACCAUAACCACUGACACCAUAACCACUUACAGGGACCAUAACCACUGACAGCCACCAUAACCACUGACAGGGACCAUAACCACUGACAGGGACCAUAACCACUGACAGACAGCCACCAUAACCACUGACAGCCACUGACACACCAUAACCACUGACACACCAUAACCACAGACACCAUAACCACAGACACCAUAACCACUGACAGACAGCCACCAUAACCACUGACACCAUAACCACUGACACCAUAACCACCGACAGACACCAUAACCACUGACACCAUAACCACUGACAGACAGCCACCAUAACCACUGACAGACACCCACCAUAACCACUGACACCAUAACCACUGACACCCACCAUAACCACUGACACCAUAACCACUGACAGCCAGCCACCAUAACCACUGACAGCCAGCCACCAUAACCACUGACAGCCAGCCACCAUAACCACUGACACCAUAACCACUGACAGACAGCCACCAUAACCACUGACACCAUAACCACUGACAGCCAGCCACCAUAACCACUGACAGACAGCCACCAUAACCACUGACACCAUAACCACUGGGACCAUAACCACUGGGACCAUAACCACUGACAGGGACCAUAACCACUGACAGACAGCCACCAUAACCACUGACAGGGACCAUAACCACUGACAGACAGCCACCAUAACCACUGACAGGGACCAUAACCACGGACACCAUAACCACUGACAGACACCCACCAUAACCACUGACACCAUAACCACUGACAGACAGCCACCAUAACCACUGACAGACAGACACCAUAACCACUGACACCAUAACCACUGACACCAUAACCACUGACACCAUAACCACUGACAGGGAGGGACCAUAACCACUGACACCAUAACAACUGACAGGGACCAUAACCACUGACACCCAGCCACCAUAACCACUGACACCCAGCCACCAUAACCACUGACACCAUAACCACUGACAGACAGGGACCAUAACCACUGACACCAUAACCACUGACAGCCACAGACCAUAACCCCUGACAGGGAGGGACCAUAACUACUGACUAACACCAUAACCACUGACAGGCAGACACCAUAACCAGUGACAGGGACCAUAGACACUGACUGACACCACUGACAGACACCAUAACCACUGGUUUUGUUACCGGUGUGGGAGCGGAGGGAUGUUUUUGCCAAUGCUAGAAAUGCUGGCUAGGGAGUUUCCAGUGCAACCGUAGUGCAUAACUUCAUUGGAUGUAUCUGGUUCGGUGGAUUGUUUAUACCGAAUAGCGCCGCCACAUAUUCGUCUAUACGAGGUGUGAACUGAGUUAAUGAGCGGCACACUCCAUAGCUGGGUGGUCUACGGUUGAUGAAUAAAACCGUGGGAACCACUUAAGGGAAUGGAUUUUGACGAACGGUCUGGCAAAACAGGGGAAACCUGCAAAGCCAAGGGAGUAUGUCUCGUACAGUCAUUGUUAUUUUCACACAGAGUUGGUAUAAAAUAUGAUAGCAGGGUCCAUUCUGCUACAACUGUAUUAACUCAAUUAUCUCCUGGCAGAAAAACACAUAUUUUAUAAAACCCAAAAAGUACCCCUAAAACUCAUGGAAACCCUAUAAACGUUAUAUGCCCUGGUAGCCCCGAUUUGGGUGAACAACAUAUCCAAAAAUCACCCAGAUCGAUUCAGGGGUUUCGGGAUUUCCAUGGAGGUCUUGUUUUAACCCACCGCACACAGAAUUAUUGUCCAAAAAGAGUUCCAGGAAAUCAGGCUGUGUGGUCGCUCCACAUCGGGGAUUCGAAGUAGCAUAUAAAAUACCGAACGUAAAGCUUCGGGAGUAGUCUCAGUUUAUGUCUCUCGUUUGGGAGUUUAUACCCACCGAACGCCGUUCGAUUUCCCAUUCGAAUAUCCGAACAUCAGUGGAAGGUGUGUGUCCGGCGAUGUUCGCGCUGUCGAGUGUCCGAUUUGAGUUCCAUACACUCAAUGACCAAACACUGCUCAUUGUGCUCGCGGCCACGUGUUUGAACCGCUUCAGGACUUUGAAGUGCCGCUUCACCAACAGAUUAUUACAGGGGCCAUAGUCACAGGGCAGGAGGCUGGCAAGCAGGCUUCUCCAAAAGACAGAGGCGAGGUUACUUUUGCCACAAGUAUGCACUCCCUGCGUCUGGCUGGAUCCCCUAUCUGUGUAUAGUACGCACUCCCUGCGUCUGGCUGGAUUCCCUAUCUGUGUAUAGUCCGCACUCCCUGCGCCUGGCUGGAUCCCCUAUCUGUGUAUAGUCCGCACUCCCUGCGCCUGGCUGGAUCCCCUAUCUGUGUAUAGUCCGCACUCCCUGCGCCUGGCUAGAUCUGUGUAUAGUCCGCACUCCUUGCGCCUGGCUAGAUCUGUGUAUAGUCCUCACUCCCUGCGCCUGGCUAGAUCUGUGUAUAGUCCGCACUCCCUGCGCCUGGCUAGAUCUGUGUAUAGUCCGCACUCCCUGCGCCUGGCUAGAUCUGUGUAUAUUAGUCUCACUAUGUUUAUAUAAUACGUGUGUUUGUUCACACUCAAUGCUACUCCCCUCCCCCAGCUCGCACUCUGUAUACACAAGGUGUGUCUGUGUACUAUAACCUGUCUGCAUGGCCCAUUAUCCUACACGUGGAUUUCUCUUCUUCAUACAGUGUGAACAUUAUCCAAAAACAUGUUUUCUGGGGGGGCACGGCCCCCUUACCGUCUUACUUGUGAUGUCUGGGUGGACACGUUUCCGCUCACUAGAAACGUAGAAUGCGACGGCAGAUAAGAACCAUUCGGCCCAUCUAGUCUGCCCAAUUUUCUAAAUACUUUCAUUAGUCCCUGGCCUUAUCUUAUAGUUAGGAUAGCCUUAUGCCUAUCCCACGCAUGCUUAAACUCCUUUACUGUGUUAACCUCUACCACUUCAGCUGGAAGGCUAUUCCAUGCAUCCACUACCCUCUCAGUAAAGUAAUACUUCCUGAUAUUAUUUUUAAACCUUUGUCCCUCUAAUUUAAGACUAUGUCCUCUUGUUGUGGUAGUUUUUCUUCUUUUAAAUAUAGUCUCCUCCUUUACUGUGUUGAUUCCCUUUAUAUAUUUAAAUGUUUCUAUCAUAUCCCCCCUGUCUCGUCUUUCCUCCAAGCUAUACAUGUUAAGAUCCUUUAACCUUUCCUGGUAAGUUUUAUCCCGCAAUCCAUGAACCAGUUUAGUAGCCCUUCUCUGAACCCUCUCUAAGGUAUCAAUAUCCUUCUGAAGAUACGGUCUCCAGUACUGUGUACAAUACUCCAAGUGAGGUCUCACCAGUGUUCUGUACAAUGGCAUGAGCACUUCCCCUCUUUCUACUGCUAAUACCUCUCCCUAUACAACCAAGCAUUCUGCUAGCAUUUCCUGCUGCUCUAUUACAUUGUCUGCCUACCUUUAAGUCAUCUGAAAUAAUCACCCCUAAAUCCCUUUCCUCAUAUGUUUAGGUUAGGACUCUAUCAAAUAUUCUGUACUCUGCCCUUGGGUUUUUACGUCCAAGAUGCAUUAUCUUGCAUGUCAGCUCCGUAUAUCCUGCGUACGCUACCAGAGAGGAGUCCUAGCAUUUAGUGGGGCAAGUUAUGUAAAAAGAAACCCACGGAUGAUAUAUUAGGCCGUAUUGUCACAAUUGAUUUACCGGUCUUUGACUCCAUUAUCUCCCAGACACAGAGACGCCUGGGUGGGGAUUGUAUGUUACUCUAUGGAGACCCCAUGUUGGGGAUCUGUCCUUGAAUAAAGCCUCAGUAGUUCUCCCAGAACUAUGUGUCGUCCGGUUACUGGGGGAAUGGAGCUAUGGUAGUGCCUUGUUCCACUUCGUGAAGAGGUGGUGGAGAAAGUCCUGUUUAGGACUAGAGCUCUGCUAUAGUCAUUUUAUUCAGAUCCUGUCUGUGCGUAAUCUUAAAAUCUAUUUCAUGUAAACAAUGAAUCUUCUUCCUUAACUUGCAAAAAGGCUUCUCCCACUUGUUUACAUGGAAAUACUUCCCUAUAUUUUAACAUUUUAUUAAAUAAUGAGUAAUAUGGAGGAUGGCCUUUAAACUAUCUGCUAAAGGCUUUGUUUGUUUGUUUAUUUAUUUAUUAAUAAACUCUUCAAAUGCUGGAUGUUUUUCAAUUUCCUUUCUAGCCAUUAGAAAUGUAAUUCUGAUAAAACUGUAACAUUCGGUAUCUGGUGUUAAAUUAUCAAAUGACAUGAUUUUGCCCAGUGAGCAAUCUGGGACAGGUUAUUAAUGUUAUCAUUUGUCCAUAUCUGGAAUAUAAGACAGUCGGACUUCGAGCAGAGCAGAAAGUUAUUUAUCUAUACUUCGUGGUGUCAAUCCAUGCCAGUUUGAAUUAAGAUCAAUUAUUCACGUUAUCGCUAAGAGUAGCGGGUUAACAGUAAUCCCGUUUAAGAAAGUGAGUUAUCAAUAAUAUUAUCGUGUAUAUUAUUUAAUGUUCUGAGAGGAAUAGCUCUAGAAGGAAAUCCUAAUCUUGAUAUUACAUUGAUUGUAUUAAUACGUACACACUCUAUGCUCCAGGGAAACGAUCGUAAAACCCAUCUAAAUGUAUAGCAUGGGAGUAAAACCUAUUGAAAUGGGUCUUUCUGCCAGCUGUCAAUGAGCAAUUCAGCCCAAGAAUGAAUUGAGAGAGAGAGAGAGAGAGACCACCCACAGGCAGUCAGCACCCUCUCCAUGCAGAGCAUCCACAGUGCGAGGCUGGACCGGAUGGUAAGGUCAGUCUCUUUCUAUACUGACUGCCAGGUGUAAAGGGCGGAGCUUAUAACAACGAUUGACAGGGAGCUAAGAUGGAGGCGGCUCUCUCUAUACUGACUGCCAGGUGUAAAGGGCGGAGCUUAUAACAAUGAUUGACAGGGAGCUAAGAUGGAGGUGGCUCUCUCUAUACUGACUGCCAGGUGUAAAGGGCGGAGCUUAUAACAAUGAUUGACAGGGAGCUAAGAUGGAGGUGGCUCUCUCUAUACUGACUGCCAGGUGUAAAGGGCGAAGCUUAUAACAAUGAUUGACAGGGAGCUAAGAUGUAGGUGGCUCUCUCUAUACUGACUGCCAGGUGUAAAGGGCGGAGCUUAUAACAAUGAUUGACAGGGAGCUAAGAUGGAAGUGGCUCUCUCUAUACUGACUGCCAGGUGUAAAGGGCGGAGCUUAUAACAAUGAUUGACAGGGAGCUAAGAUGGAGGUGGCUCUCUCUAUACUGACUGCCAGGUGUAAAGGGCGGAGCUUAUAACAAUGAUUGACAGGGAGCUAAGAUGGAGGCGGCUCUCUCUAUACUGACUGCCAGGUGUAAAGGGCGGAGCUUAUAACAAUGAUUGACAGGGAGCUAAGAUGGAGGCGGCUCUCUCUAUACUGACUGCCAGGUGUAAAGGGCGGAGCUUAUAACAAUGAUUGACAGGGAGCUAAGAUGGAGGUGGCUCUCUCUAUACUGACUGCCAGGUGUAAAGGGCGGAGCUUAUAACAAUGAUUGACAGGGAGCUAAGAUGGAGGCGGCUCUCUCUAUACUGACUGCCAGGUGUAAAGGGCGGAGCUUAUAACAAUGAUUGACAGGGAGCUAAGAUGGAGGUGGCUCUCUAUACUGACUGCCAGGUGUAAAGGGCGGAGCUUAUAACAAUGAUUGACAGGGAGCUAAGAUGGAGGUGGCUCUCUCUAUACUGACUGCCAGGUGUAAAGGGCGGAGCUUAUAACAAUGAUUGACAGGGAGCUAAGAUGGAGGUGGCUCUCUCUAUACUGACUGCCAGGUGUAAAGGGCGGAGCUUAUAACAAUGACUGACAGGGAGCUAAGAUGGAGGUGCUGAGCUGCUGGGUAUGGUGGGUGAAUUUUUCUAUUUGAUUUCACACCUCACUAAUACUUGUUUGUUAAAUAUAAGGAAAGGUAAAUAUCUUAAAAGUUUAGGGAAAUGCUAUUUUCUAUUUAAAUUGUCCCUAAUUUUAGAGUAGGUUCGCUAUAUUAAGGCAGCGAUAUUGCAGUGAAUUUCCAGUGGCCUAUUAAUGUAUUGUUAGUUCUUCUAAUAAUCCCAGCCAUGAAGUCCUUGACCCAGCUGACUUGGAUUCUGAAUUUAAAAGAAGAAAAACUACCACAACAAGAGGCCAUAGUCUUAAAUUAGAGGGACAAAGGUUUAAAAAUAAUAUCAGGAAGUAUUACUUUACUGAGAGGGUAGUGGAUGCAUGGAAUAGCCUUCCAGCUGAAGUGGUAGAGGUCAACACAGUAAAGGAGUUUAAGCAUGCGUGGGAUAGGCAUAAGGCUAUCCUUACUAUAAGAUAAGACUAGGGACUAAUGAAAGUAUUUAGAAAAUUGGGCAGACUAGAUGGGCCGACUGGUUCUUAUCUGCCGUCACAUUCUAUGUUUCUAUGGAUGGUCUAAUGGUGUAACAGUCCUUUUCCUGUUAAUGAUGCUCAUUCAGGGAGCUAAGAUGGAGGUGGCUCUCUAUACUGACUGCCAGGUGUAAAGGGCGGAGCUUAUAGGGCUAACGAGCCAGAAGGUCCUGUCUACAUGUCAUGUGGAUUUUUGCUGGAGAAAUCCCAUCUUCUGGGCUUUAUCACACAUUAACUUUACAAUUUCAUACCAAAAAAAAUAAAAAUCAAACAGUCAUUCACUGAUCUCUCCUCUUCCCUUGCAGAUGCCACAAACUCCAGGAGUCUCUCCUCAGCUCAGCCAGCGGCUACAGCAACUACCGCGGCGUUCUGAACUGGUGUGUGGUUAUGCUGGUGAGUAUGAAGCAGUUCUGGGCAUCACGCUCAGUUGAGGGAGAGCUGUGUGUGUGUGUGUGUGUGUAUGUGUAUGUGUGUGUAUAUGUAUAUAUAUAUACACACACACACACACACACACACACACACACACACACACACACACACACACACACACACACACACACACACACACACACACACACACACACACUCUGCUAGAGCAUGCCAUGCAAAUUAAUUUAACCCCACUAUGGGAAAAAUCAUUGACCACACAUGAUGCAUUUUUUUACAAAUGUCAUUCAGAGUGUCAUGGGAGAAAGGCCUUGCCCUAAACAUUGAAUGGCUCUUCAGGUGUGUGUAAUGAAAGAGAGAGAGAGAGAUAUAUAUAAUUUGUGUGUUUUAAAAUUAUAUAGCUAGGUGUCAAAAAGAUUGUGAGACCAAAUAUAAUAAAACUCCAAACGUUGCAAUUAGAAAAAUUUAUUUUUGUGCCUCUUCUGCAUAUUUGAAGUUGGUGCCGCUCAGUUAUUGGCUAGUGCACUUUAAGGCUGAAAUGUCCACAGACUGAUGCAACAUUCUUCUGCUGGUCUCGUUAGCCAAAAACACAUUCAAAGCCGUAAGUAGCUACAGAGAAGGUGAUAAUUCUUAUCCAGUCUCCCCGGCCUCACUCUCAUUAUCAACUUUAACCCAUCUCCUCGUCCUCGCGCUCAUUAUCAACUGUAACCCAUCUCCUCGACCUCGCUCUCAUGAUCAACUUUAACCAGCCUCCUCACUCUCAUCAUGGACCCCGACCUUGCUCUAAUCACGGACUGUAACCAGUCUUCUCGCUCCCAUCAUGGACUGUAACCAGUGUCCUCGACCUCGCUCUCAUUAUCAACUGUAACCAGUCUCCCCGACCUCGCUCUCAUUAUCAACUGUAACCAGUCUCCCCGACCUCGCUUUCAUUAUCAACUGUAACCAGUCUCCCCGACCUCGCUUUCAUUAUCAACUGUAACCAGUCUCCUCUGCCUCACUCUCAUUAUGGACUGUAACCAGUCAAAACAAUGUGAUAAUUAACGACACUCCCACAUACAGUACACAAGCCCUCCCCUCUGCCUAUGAUACAAUUAAGGCAGAUAGUGGAUUAAAUUAUCCCCAGACAGUAAAAGCACACAUUAGUCCAAUAAGUACCCCAAAAUACAACAUAUCCCCUUAACACAUCCCCUGAUAACCCCGAUCUGGGAGAACAACAUACUUAAAAAUCACCCAGAUCAGUUCAGGGGUUCAAAAGUUAGCUGGAAGCCUCUUUUUGACCGACUGCAUAGUUUCAUGCCCAAAAUAGUUCCAGAGAAUUAGGCUGUGCAGCCGGUCUAUUUUAACCAGUCAAAGUACCGUUCGAAUUGUCGAACGCUUUUCGAUUCCUGUCGAAGUCCCAGGGAAGGUAACUUUUCAGACGACUCGACGACAAAACACCACUGAACAUGUUCGACUAAACAAGAUAGCCAUUCGAACACGUGGCGGCCACUUCGACUACUUCAACUGUAUCCGAAGUGCCACUUCGACCACUUUGAAAAUUCAAAGAGCCAUUGUUUACAGACCCAAUAAGCACAAUUAGGGUCUCUCAGCCAAAACAAAUUGCAGGGGCCAUAGUCACAGGGUAAAAGGCAGGCAAGUAGUCCCCUCCAAAAACCAGUGUCGAGGUCACUUUCGCCGCAAUUAUUAUUUUUAUGUAAAUAAUAUGCUUAUGUCUAAAUGUAUUAACCUGAUAUGUUUCGACAGAUUUAAAGGGUUACUCCAACUAAAAGCAGUGUUUAUAAUGCUGAGUUACACCUCUAACAGCAAAGUGCAUUAUCUGUGCAUGCGCAGCGUGGGAUUAACCUGUAGAAGCCAUAUCCAUAUUUGGUGUAUGUCUGUGCCUUUCUUUGCUUGUAGGGUAUUGUAUUUGAGUCUGUGAGUAUAGUGAGUGUGCGUAGCUAACGGUUAGAAAGGGGUUAAGAAGAUAAAUAGCUUGAGAGGGGGUAAAGUUGUAGUAUACGGGCUGUUCCGGACUAGAGCUUGGUUAAAUUUAAUAUAGGGGUACAUGGGGAGUUAAACAUAGGGCACAGGGUUUAUUUUACGUUUCGGCUUUGAGAGCUGGAGUUUGAAAAAGAACUCACUGGGCUCCCUGUGUCAAAAAUGAAGCCUAGAAAGCCCAUUGCUAGCAGCAGUUUGUCAUAACAGCCCAUUGGGUAGCCAAGCUCGGUGAUAGAGGAGAAUAUUCGUUAAAUGCAAGGCUGUCUUAUCAAGAAAUAAAAUAGCUAAACGUCAUAUAAUUUGAGGCGACAUUAAGCAGCCGUUGUAAGAUGGGCUUGUCCAUACAGCCAGUUAUUCCAUGCACAUUGCCGCUUCCCUCUGGUUAUCACCACGAGUUCCAUGCACAUUGCUGCUUCCCUCUGGUUAUCACCACGAGUUCCAUGCACAUUGCCGCUUCCCUCUGCUGUUAUCACCACGAGUUCCAUGCACAUUGCUGCUUCCCUCUGGUUAUCACCACGAGUUCCAUGCACAUUGCUGCUUCCCUCUGGUUAUCACCACGAGUUCCAUGCACAUUGCCGCUUCCCUCUGCUGUUAUCACCACGAGUUCCAUGCACAUUGCCGCUUCCCUCUGUUAUCACCACGAGGGGCGAAUUCUGCAGAUUUUAAUGAGGAUGUGUUUUAUUUCAGGUUUUAAGUAAUGCGCGGCUCUUCCUAGAAAACAUUAUUAAGUAAGUAUUUACAUUACCUCUCAUGAUUCUCAGGCAGCAUGUUGCAAGGCGCAGCCAUCCUACGCAGGGAAUGUGACUGGAUUCUGCCAGGAUUGAAUGUUUGAUGUUUAUUAAUGCUACAAAUUUGUUUUAAACACGUUUUUUUUUAUUUUAUUUUUUUUUAUUAUUAUUAUUGUAAAGAUACUUGGUUUUGAUGUAGUUGUAUUUGUAGUGUGAUCUUCUCCAGUGCGCUGCGCCCAAACCAGUAACUGGCCCGGCCACUGCUGGUGCUCGCUCAGCGGCCCGGCCACUGCUGGUGCUCGCUCAGCGGCCCGGCCACUGCUGGUGCUCGCUCAGCGGCCCGGCCACUGCUGGUGCUCGCUCAGCGGCCCGGCCACUGCUGGUGCUCGCUCAGCGGCCCGGCCACUCCUGUUCCUCCCAUAAUGCCCUACUUUGUAUCUAUAGGAGAUGACAUUGUGGAGAAUGCUUUUUAAAUCUUUUUUUUUGAAACCGUUUUACAUCUGGUCCCCAUUUCCUCAUUGAAACCAUAAACAUAAAACUUAAAGAGAAUUGAAACCUAAUUUCCAUCUGUAGAAUGAGUCACCUGUGCAGAUCGCCCUUUUCUGAUUGGUCUGCGCUCCGCACUGACACUACAUGGCUUUUUAGAGUGCUCACCAGGCUGCAUUCUCUACAUACGCCCCAGUGAGGACAGGCAGGGCCUGCACCUUUAAAUCCCUGUCUAAUAUGGGUUAUUUCUUCCCAGGUACGGGAUACUGGUGGAUCCCAUUCAGGUGGUUUCACUGUUUGUCAAGGACCCCUAUAGUUGGCCAGCGCUCUGCCUGGUGCUGGGUAAGUUGUGGUUCUAUAUCUCUAGCAGUGCAGGCUGGCCUGUGGGAUGGGAAAAGGCUCAUCAAUCAAAUAUAUUGGCUGAAAAACAACAUUAAUAUUGGCUUUAUAAAUGGAUGUAGAUGUAGUGUCUGUCAUUAUAGGCUCGUUAAUAUCCCCCCCACCUCUCUGCUAGCCCAUAGUGAGCGUUAAUAGCCCCCCACCUCUCUGCUAGCCCAUAGUGAGCGUUAAUAGCCCCCCACCUCUCUGCUAGCCCAUAGUGAGCGUUAAUAGCCCCCCACCUCUCUGCUAGCCCAUAGUGAGCGUUAAUAGCCCCCCACCUCUCUGCUAGCCCAUAGUGAGCGUUAAUACCCCCCACCUCUCUGCUAGCCCAUACUGAGCGUUACUAACCCCCACCUCUCUGCUAGCCCAUAGUGAGCAUUAAUGGCCCCUAACUCUCUGCUAGCCCAUAGUGAGCGUUAAUGGCCCCUACCUCUCUGCUAUUCCAUAGUGUGCGAUAAUAGCCCCCACCUCUCUGCUAGCCCAUGCUGAGUGUUAAUUGUGUAGCAGAGUGAAGUCCUUCUUACUUGUAGCGUGUGGAUGCCCAGAUGGAACGCGUUGUUGAGUAGCAGUAUAUGUUCUGUCUAUCGCAGGGUCCAAUGUUUUCAUCCUUGGAGCGCUGCACCUGGAGAGAAGAUUGGCAUCGGUGAGUAUGGAAAAGAGCACAGAAUAAGUGUAGUACAGGCAUCGCGUAACACCCUAGAGACUGCCAAAUUGCUGGUGAGCCCAUUUUGAUGGGGAAUAUCUCAAAGUACGAACACCUGGGCCAAACUGGUUCCCGCGUGUGCUAGUAGUGUCUGAGAAUAUUUGUUCCUGCAGGGAUCUUCUUUGUGUUGCGGUAAAAACUAGUUCAGUCACCUCUCGAAUAUCAUCAGCAAGUGAUUGAUUUUUCUCUCCACAGGGCGGCCUGUCUGAACGCUUUGGACUCUUCCUCUACACACUCCUCCUCACAACCAUUCUCUGCCUCCCGGUUCUGGUAGUACUCACCGUCCGUUCAAUAACUCCAGGUAACUAACACUGGGCUUUAUAGAGCCCUCCCAGCCCCGGAAUUAGAGUACCCACCAUUACUCAAAAUUUCUCCCAUAGCUCUGUGUGUGUCACCCUGCAGUGGGAGGUACAGAUUCUGUGUCCCAUAGUUCCCUCUAUGUCACCCUGCAGUGGGAGGUACAGAUUCUGUGUCCCAUAGUUCCCUCUAUGUCACCCUGCAGUGGGAGGGACAGACUCCGUGUCCCAAAGCUCCUUCUGUCUGUGUCACCCUGCAGUGGGAGGGACAGACUCUGUGUCCCAUAGCUCCUUCUGUCUGUCACCCUGCAGUGGGAGGGACAGGCUCUGUGUCCCAUAGCUCCUUCUGUCUGUGUCACCCUGCAGUGGGAGGGACAGACUCUGUGUCCCAUAGCUCCUUCUGUCUGUCUCACCCUGCAGCGGGAGGGACAGACUCCGUGUCCCAUAGCUCCCUUCUGUCUGUCACCCUGCAGUGGGAGGGACAGACUCUGUGUCCAAUAGCUCCUUCUGUAUGUGUCACCCUGCAGUGGGAGGGACAGACUCCGUGUCCCAUAGCUCCUUCUGUCUGUGUCACCCUGCAGUGGGAGGGACAGACUCCAUGUCCCAUAGCUCCCUUCUGUCUGUGUCACCCUGCAGUGGGAGGGACAGACUCUGUGUCCCAUAGCUCCUUCUGUCUGUGUCACCCUGCAGCGGGAGGGACCGACUCUGUGUCCCAUAGCUCCUUUCUCCAGUGGGAGGGACAAAUUCCAUUUCCCAUAAUGCACACUGUUUGUGUCUUCCAGUGGGAGCAGUAUUUGCACUCAGUGUUUACACCAUACUCUUCCUGAAGCUGUUCUCCUAUAAAGAUGUGAAUCUGUGGUGCAGAGCGCGAAGGCUGACACAGGCCCGGACACUGGGCCGAUCACAGUCUGGUGAGUUAUUCGAGCUGAUAAGCUGAUCAGGCUUUAGACUUGACUUCCUCUCAUGUGACUACUGUCUCCAUCAGCAUUGAUCAUUAUUACAAAUUUAGAAAAUUCUGGUCUAAAAUGUUUAACUUCUCAGAUUUCCACAGCUUGAUUAUUUUGUGAUAAAUGUAAGCCUGUGUCCGAGGAUUGUCGUAGCCUGAAACACGUUAAACAUUCCUCUGAUUGUCUCGUUACCUUCUCCACCUGGCAUUUAAUUACAGGGACAGAUGGUGACCUAUUCUACAACUGGAAGUUAUUUAAUAAGAUUAAUUCUGACUCUUCCCAGUGUCAGAGGCGCCACCACUGCCGGAGGAAAAUGUGCCUUGUGCACCAUUUGUGAGCAGUCGGUGAUUUAAUGAAUAUGAUGGACCUUUUCCAGUUAGGGAGGACCCAGCAGCUUAGAAUGUUUAAUACAUUUAUUCAGUCCAGUAACUCCAAUUGUAAAUAUUAUGUAGAGUAAUAAAUAUCGGAUGCCAUGCUGAAUCCUUCUCUUCUUUUCGCCCCCAUCUCCAGUUCCGGUAAUGAAGAAAGCCAAUGGAGAGAUUGGGAAGAAGCAUAUUUCGUACCCAGGAAACCUGACACACAGAGGUGUGAGGGUGACUUCUGGCUAAACUUCUCUUUAAUUGAAUCAGUGGUUUUCUACAGUUCUUCACAUGUUCUCCUUCUCGCCCUCAGAUAUUUAUUACUUUGCGUUUGCCCCUACACUUUGCUAUGAGCUGAACUUUCCUCGAUCUCCAAGAAUCCGCAAGAGAUUCCUUCUGCGUCGUCUAUUUGAGAUGGUGAGCUGUCCUUUCUAACAAAACAGAUUUCUGACACAGUCUGUCAUAUAUACCUUCAUUAUACAGCUAGACUGACACCACACACCAACCCUACAUCAUCCAUACCUUCAUUAUACAGCUAGACUGACACCACACACCAACCCUACAUCAUCUAUACCUUCAUUAUACAGCUAGACUGACAUCACACACCAACGCUACAUCAUCCAUACCUUCAUUAUACAGCUAGACUGACACCACACACCAACCCUACAUCAUCUAUACCUUCAUUAUACAGCUAGACUGACACCACACACCAACCCUACAUCAUCUAUACCUUCAUUAUACAGCUAGACUGACACCACACACCAACGCUACAUCAUCUAUACCUUCAUUAUACAGCUAGACUGACACCACACACCAACCCUACAUCAUCUAUACCUUCAUUAUACCGAUACAUUGUGACCCUACAUGUAGCUGACGUCCUCCUAAUGCACUGUGAAAUUUACAUAUUCUGCUUUUUCCUGUUGUAAUUUUUAUCUAUUUUUCAGUUCUUUCUCAUGCAGUUACUUGUCGGCUUAAUCCAGCAGGUGAGAUUCCAGUACCUAUUUUUUUUCCCACCAUAUAUUUGACUUCCAUCCCACAAUACUUUGGUCUACACUGACCUCUAUCUCCCUACACUUUACUCACACACUGACCUGCAUUCCCCCACACUUUACUCACACACUGACCUCCAUUCCCACACACUGACCUGCAUUCCCCCACACUUUACUCACACACUGACCUGCAUUCCCUCACAUUGACCUGCAUUCCCCCACACUUUACUCACACACUGACCUACAUUGACCUGCAUUCCCCCACACUUUACUCACACACUGACCUGCAUUCCCC